UGGCCCCUUUGCUUCGUCUUCUUCUUCUCCGUCUUCUGCUGUCGGUGGUUCGUCCUGCAUCUUCACAGGCUCAGCCCAAAAAGGCGGGCGGUUCCGGCCAAAGUAACGACAUCGUCACUUUUUCUCUUCUCUUCCACAUCCACACUCCACGUACCGCAACCACGCAACGCCGGCCAGCCAAAAAGCAAAGAAGCCCCUGAACAACGGCCAACGAGAGCAAAGAAACGGCGCGAGCCAGCAAACAGAGUCGAUCCUUAGUGAGCAGGCAAAAAAGUAAGUAAGGAUCUUACCCACCCACCCGUAUCCGGAACCGUCCUCCUCGACCGCCCUCGUUCGAAUAUAUAUACUGAGCCUGCCUGGCCGCCGUCCCCGCGAGCAGCGCCCACCAUGUCUCCCGCCCAAGACGAAGCCGACGCCCUGCUCGACCCCAAGGACAAACAGUUCUCAGCCCAUCCUGAAGACCUCGCCCACUUCUCCGGCGACGAGUACAAAGACGACGACGACGACGACCGCAGCGAAGAGGAGGAGGACGAGCGCAACGAGAAGCGCACCAACCGCAUCCGCGCCGCCCACGCCGCAGCUGGAGACGACUCUGACGAGAGCGAGAUCGACUUCUCCGGCACCAUGGUCUCCAAGCCGGCCGCAUAUCACAUCCCGUCGACCGUCUACGACGCCAACACGGGGCCCAAGGGUGUCAUUGCCGAUGCGCAGUCCUUUGAGCGCGCGAAGAAGCGCUCCUUCAGACGCACCCUGACCUCUGCCAGCGCAUUCGACUACAACCCGUUCUCCCGCAGCGGCAACAACUCCGCCGGCGCCAGCGAGAAGCACAGCAAGAGCGGCAGCACCAGCAACUUCAUACACCGCGGCGCAAGUCCCGGCGACUCGGCGGAAGAGAGUGACGAGGACGAGCGCUUCAUGCGCCAGUGGAGAGAGGCGCGCAUGCUCGAGCUGCAGAACAAGUCUACUCGCCGAGUCAGCCCCAGCAAGCGACAGUACGGCACCGUCGACACCGUCGAUGCCACGGGAUACCUUGAUGCGAUUGAGAAGGUCACACCCGGCACCGUCGUGGUUGUCUGCAUCUACGACCCAGAGUCGACUGAGAGCUCGAUAGUAGAAGACUGCCUUACUUCGCUUGCUCGCAAGCAGGCCACCAUACACUUCGUCAAGCUGCACUAUGAGAUCGCCGAGAUGGACCACAUCACCGCUCCGGCCCUCAUCGCCUACAGGAACGGUGAGGUCUUCGCUACCAUCAUCGACGUCAUGAAGCAGCUGCCAGAUGACCGUGGCUGCAGCUCUGCCAGCAUAGAGGCCUUGCUUAUGCAGUACGUCAACCACCCAUACAUAUAACUCUUUUCUUGAGCUUCAUACUAACAGAUAUCACAGACACAAAGUGCUCUAGACCGCUUAAUCUCGCCGUCUCUUUUCAUUUUCCUUUUCCAUUUUUCCUUAUAUCCACUAAUCAUUAAUCUCCUUUUAUCUCUAAUGUUAUGACCUCCAUUCUUCCACUCUCAUACCCCGAUCAUGCAUUUUCCUGCAUUUUGUUAUCCAUCCUGUUCUGCUGCUGUUUACUCCCAUCAUGCCAUACCAUACCCACCUCUUAUACUAGUCUCUCCUCUCUCUCCCCGUCUUCCUCCCGUUUUUCUCUUACUACCUUUGCCUUGGGAGGUGAAAUAGCGCCGGUGCACCUAACGUGGUGUGGCUCAUGGGGGUGUUCUCUUGCCUUGCCUUGAAUUUCAUACUCUGGCAGUAUAGAAACCUGGUACCAAAAAGUACAGGGAGGUUAUCUCGUUUAUUUCGUUUAUCCCCUCUAUCAUUUCUAUUUAAUCUCGAAUCAUGUCUUCCCCCUGUUUUUUUGAUGAUAACACACUUUAUAGCAUAGGCAUAUCUAUCACUGAAGUCCUCUUAACCAUUUUUGCAUGUUUUCUGGAUUAAUGUCUCCGUAUAUAUUGGUUAUCCCGACUCAUGCCUUGAGGUUCAACCCAAUCAUGGCGAAGCUAGACCGACUCUACCUAGUAACACGUAGGUAUAAAUAACUGCAAGAAUGACUGAAGCGCGUGGUACUAACAAUAUUU